GGAGGGGAGGAUUUCUGUUUAGGGAAACAAAAUAUUAGUCCCACACUGAUUUGGAUUUCCUCUUGGAAUUACAAUACAUCUCACAAGGGAAAUACCAUUCAUGUCAAUACUCCAAAAUGCAGCCGCCGCCGAGGAAGGUCAAAGUGACACAGGAGCUGAAAAACACACACACAGAGCAGAUGACAAGACUGCACUUUAAACACCAGACCGAAUGUGACCUGCUGGAGGACAUGAGGAGCUACAGUCUGAAGAAGGGGCAGCUGGAGAGGGACUAUGCACAGGCUCUGCAGAAGUUAGCGAGCCAGUACCUAAAGAGAGACUGGCCUGGAAUCAACCCUGAUGACCAGAGAACAGACUACAGGAAUGUGUAUGCAGUGUGGAGGUCCUACUUAGAAGGUACAGUGCAGGUGAGCCAGUCCAGGCUCAAUGUGUGUGACAACUACAAAAGUCAAGUAUCAGAGCCCGCUAAGACUGUUAGACUCUACAAGGAGCAGCAGCUCAAAAAGACCAUAGAUCAAUUGAGUGGCAUUCAAGCAGAGCUGCAGGAGUCGGUGAAGGAGUUGGCCAAAGCCAAGAAAAAAUACUACGACUGUGAGCAGGUUGCCCACGCUGUACGGGAGAAGGCUGACAUAGAGGCCAAGUCUAAACUAGGUCUUUUUCAGUCAAGAAUUAGUUUACAGAAAGCAAGUGUGAAGUUGAAAGCUAAGAGAAGUGACUGUAACUCCAAGGCCACACAGGCCAGGAAUGACUACUUGCUAACGCUAGCUGCUGCCAACGCUCACCAUGACCGGUACUACCAUACAGAUCUACUGCACUGCAUACAGGCCUUGGAUGGCAGGAUCUAUGAGCAUGUGAAAGACUACCUGGUAGCGCUGUGUCAUACCGAGCUAGAGGCCUCCCAAGCCACACACAACACCUUCCAGUUCCUGUUGGACAAAUCCACCAGGAUAAUACAAGAGUAUAACCAGCAGUUGUUCAUGCAGGAGAACCCAGUGUUUCACAAAGCACACGACUUCCAGUUCCAGCCCAGCGAAUGUGACACGACUCUGAGCUCGGUGCAGCAGUUGGUGGACAUUGAGCCGUCGCCCGUCAGUGCCAUGAGAAUGACCCUGGCACAGAGUCGUCAGCUGGAGUCGGAGACGGGGACGACGGAGGAGCACAGUCUGAACAAAGAGGCCAGGAAAUGGGCAACCAGAGCGGCCAGAGAACACAAGAAUAUCAUACAUUACAAGAGAUGUCUGGAGGAGUGUGAGAGCCAUGGCCUGCCCCCCACAGAACAGGGCAGGCUAGAUCUGGAGAUGAAGAUAGAAGACACCAAAGAAAACAUACGCAAAGCUGAGACAAUAAAGUUAAAAGCUGAGGCUCGGUUGGACCUUCUGCGGCAAGUGGGGGUUGCUGUGGAUACCUGGCUGAAGAGCGCCAUGAACCAGGUGAUGGAGGAGCUGGAGAAUGAACGUUGGGCCAGCUACACUUCCCACGAUCCCUCACUGUCGGGCACAGUGGACUUGGAGCGUGAGGAGGGAGAGGAGUGUGAAGAGAAUAUGGAGGUUUUUGACGACAGCAGCUCCAGUCCUUCGGGAACCCUCCGAAACUACCCACUAACCUGCAAAGUCCUGUACUCGUACAAGGCCUCUCAGCCAGAUGAGUUAACUAUUGAUGAACAGGAGAUGUUGGAGGUCAUUGAGGAUGGGGACAUGGAGGACUGGGUCAAGGCUCGCAAUAAAACAGGUCAAGUGGGCUAUGUCCCAGAGAAAUACCUGCAGUUCCCGACCUCCAACAGUCUGCUGAGCAUGCUCCAGUCUCUGGCUACACUCGACGCUCGAUCACACACCUCGUCCAAUUCCACCGAGCCAGAGCUGCACUCCAACUGCAUCAAUGGAGACACAAACAUGAUGUAUGUCCGUGCACUUUAUGAUUAUGAGGGCCAGGCGGAUGAGGAACUCUCCUUUUCUGAGGGGACGGUGAUCCGCCUCUUGAGCCGCGACACUCAGACAGACGAUGGCUUCUGGGAGGGGGAGCUCAACGGACGGGUGGGCGUCUUCCCCUCCGUGUUGGUAGAAGAUUUCACAGAGAAUGGGACCAGUGGAGUAGUGUCGGGUGACAUACAGAUUUCUCCGUCUCUGAAGCUGCCAUCUUCUCUACCACCUCUUCCGCUGUAUGACCAACCUCCCAUCAGCCCUUUCACCAGCCCCGAGACAUCCACCCCGCCUCCUCUCCCACGCUCACCCUCCACCGCACUCAAUGGGGAGCACAAGCCCCCACCACCGGCCUUGUCUCACAAGGGACCACUAUCCACCCACAGUGAGACACACAGAAAAAAUCAGAGCUCUGGCAGGAGUCCAGUCUCUCCAGGAUUUCCUCAGCCACUGAGAUUCACCCCUGAAGGAGGCCCGGGCAAACUACGACCUGUGCGAGCUGCUCCUCCUCCACCCAAACAGCACCCCCGCCGACAGCAGGAGAAGAGCGACAAGACGGAGGAGGUGGAGAUCACGCUGGUGUGACAGACAGACAAGCUGACAGGCAGUUACAGAGACAUGAAAACUAAAAACAGAUGACAGACAUACGUAUCCUACAGGCUGGGGAACUGAACUGAACUGCUCUGAACUCAAGUCAGCUUAAAUGAAGUGAUGUGAAGUAAACCGAACUGAACCACGUCCGACGGCCCCGGCCUCUCCGCAUCUUUUCUCCUCUUCAAUUUGAGGAAGAGAGCAGAGAGAAGGGAUAAAGGCAGAGUAUCCAAUUAAAUAACCUCCGUAUUAGCUUCCUAAUGAAGUGCAGCAGUAGCCACUCCCACAUCCCUCUCCGCCCUCUCCUGUCCUUCCAUUCUUGCCUUAAAACCUCACCUCAUCAGGCAGCAAACCCGAGCACAGUGAAGAGGAGGGAGAGGAGGAAGAAUGUUUAGAGACGGGGAGUGUGAGGGAAAGUUAAUGAUGGGUUUUGCAAGUUUUCUUUUAUCUUGUUAAGCUUACUUUAAGAUAUUGCAAGGCAGUUUAUCUCUCUGCACAGGAAGAUCAUUCUGCUACAUUUGAGAAAUUUCACUUAUUCCACUCACUUGUUAACAAAUAAUAAUGAAUCAUGAGAAAAGUUAUGGAGCCCUGAAACUGACCAAAUGUAGUAGGCUAAAGGGUUAUAAAAACAAUAUGAAAUGCAUUGUGAAACGAAAUGUAAAGCUUUAUACUUAAACAUUUAAUCAUUUAUCUAUUUUCUCUACGCAACAUUCCCUUUUCUCCACCACAUUUACAAUUUUUCUUAUCCAUACAAAAUAUAAGAAUUAGGGAAAUUGCUUAUAUUUGGAGCAAUGGAGAGGGCUGUGGCUAGCUAGCUUAACUGAAAACACUGGUUGCUCAACACACUGAGCACUAGCCUUUUCAGUUAGCUACCUAGCUGAAGCUAACUGUUUUCAUAAAACUACACCAGCUAGUUAAUGUUAGUGUUAAUCAUCCAUAUACUUUACUGCAUGCCUCUGUAGCAUCACUGUAUAAAAUCUGCAAACAGUAACUAAAGCAUUUUAGUCGGGAAGCUAACGCUAACAAAGCUGGCUAGCUAGAACUUCCAACUUUUGAAUUUGGUUUAUUUGACAUUAUGAGAAAAGAGACAUUAAAUCACACAAAAACGUCCAUAAUGUUACAAUAAUGUUAUGAAGAUAUAAGCAUGUCUCUGAAGUCUGUGAACUUCCAAGUAGCAUAGUAGUGUAGCAAGUAGCGUAGCAAGUAGCUUGCUGGCUAAAAUGCUUUAGCUACCGUUACAAGAGUUUAUACACUAAUUCUACAGCAGUAUGCAGUACAGUAUAUUGCUGAUUAACAUUAGGUGCAGUAGCUGGUGUAGUUUAAUGCCAAAAGUCCGCUUCAGCUUGAUAGCUCACAAAACAAAGCUUGUGCUCAGUGUCUUUAGCCACCGAUGUUUUCAGGUAAGCUAGCUAGCCACACAGUCCUAUGUGGUAAGGAAAAUGGAGAAUUUUGGGUAAAUAGGGACUAGAUAAAUGAUUAAAUGUGUGCCAAGACCAAAAAAUAUACAAAUAAAAUGAGCUAGUGAAAGAUAAAUAGAAGAGUAAAAUAAAUUAAGUUAUAUUUUUGACAUAUCUGAUACCCUUAAUCAUAAAAACCAUAAAAACUAAGCUUGAUGAGAGUAAAUAAGUAUAAAACUUGCAGAACGUCUCAUGAUUUGGAUUGCAGUUGGGGUUUCAAGUAAAUGGACAGAGAAACUGGGUGUUGUGUGGAUGCAGUGUCCCCCCUCGCUAACGCUUCCCCCACCAUAUAUAGUUCUUAUCAUCAUACGUAUUCAAUGUGUAUUAGUACAGUACAUUACUGUUGUCAUAGGAAUGUUAUGCACAGCGUUUCAUAUAGACUAACUCAGCUGAAUGGAGUACAAUGUCUGAUAUGUAGUGGAAGUUUUAUCCUCAUCUUAUACUGAAAGGGCAUUGUAAAUACAGUAUGAAGGAGAGAUGAAAGGAGAGAAGGAAGUAGAAGAUGAAUGAACAAGAGAGAAAACGGAGGCUGGAUCCUCCCUUCUGCUCUUUUCUCCACCUCUCUUCCCAUCCUUCCUUUCUUUCUCUCCCUCUUUUCUCUAAUGUCUGUUCUGUCCAUUGGCAGUUGAAUUGGUGGCUAUCAUAUACACAUACAGUGACAUAUUACGCACACGUUGCUAUAUCUUCUCUCAUUCUGUGACCCCAUUCUGUGUGAUUUUAUCACUGAUUGGUGCAGGAGGAGGCCGGUGGUGCUUUCAAAAGGCACUAAAAUUGCUGGUAUUCACUAUGUGGUGACAAAGAAAAGUUUUAUUUGAGAUGAUAUAGACACUGAUCAUAUAUGUGGUCAGUAGUUUUUAUUAAUCACAGAAUUAACUGUAUAGCUUUUAUCCCUACAGAUCAUAUCUCCUCUCACAAUGAUUUUGUUCACCUAUAUUCUUGUUUAGUUGACAUGCAUUACAAUCGCAGGUAUUAUUUUUCUUUGUUGUCCUGCCAAGCAGCUCCAUCACAUCACUAUGUGAGCCUGGUUUUUUAAUACAGCAGAGAAAACGUUUCCAAUUUGAAAUCAUCCUUAUCAUCCUUGUGUCUUACAUUUCAAAUUUGAUUAACAGUGGUAAAAACAGACAACAAAGGAGAGGUAUAAAAAACAUACAUCAUGCUAAAUGGACAGAACUAGCAAACGACAUUCAAAUUGAGCUAAGUACAAUUCUUUUGUGUUUUUUACUCAAAGUAAAUAACUCUUUUUUCCCCUUAAAUACCCUACAAGCCUUUAAAAGUCCUUGCCUAAAGGGCAGCGUAGCACUUUUAUUUAUUUGUACCUUCCCUGGAAAGUAGCUUAACAUAGCAUCAGAAUGCAUAGAAAAGACUCUGAUGAAUCACUGCAUUUUAACACAAAAAUCAGAGUUAUUCUUCUCAUUCUGAUUCUGUGGUGGAUCCUUUUUAUUUCAGUGUGACUGAUGAUUCUCCACUCUUCCAAAGAGAUGGAGAGAUAAUUGUGGACAAUGUAAUUUGGUGUUUUCCUUAACUUAUAAAAACAAAAAAAAAACAACAUGAUUAUAGGAAGGGAUGUUUUGAAUGAAGACUUGGAGAGAAUGUGGUUUUUUGGUCUCGAGAUAGGCCUGGCUGUUUGCGUGUGUGAUUGUUUAAAGGAGAGAGGAAGAAUUUUGAUCAGAUCUGUGUUUGACUCUGAAGAUGUAAAGAUGUGUCCCAGUUCCUUCCUACGUAUUUAUUUUAACCAGGGUUUGAUUUCGUAGAGCGUUCACACUGAAUACAUUUCAGAAUAAAACUCAAAGAUGUUAGUAUGGAUAUUAAAUUUGCUUCAUUUUUGAGUGUGGUGUUGAUGGACAAUAUUGUUCCAAAAUGCAACACAUAAGAAAAGAGGGAGCAAUUCACAGCUGGAAAACAUAUUGUGCUGUGUUGUGAGACAGCUCCAGAAAUAUGACAGAAAACAAAAAAUAAAAUAUUCAAUGUGUUGCUUUCUCUUUGUUAAGGAUAUUAGCAGUUGUGCUCCAAAGUUGCAGUAUCAUAGCACAUUUCCUGCUGGUACACAACUGUAAAGUAUAUUAAUUUAUUGUAUACUAACUGCAAAAACAGUAUGGAGUAUGAAGAUAAGUAUAAAGUACACACUGUAUAGUAUUAAUAUGUAGUAUGGAGUCGGGGCACAGCUUAAGGCUUCUUGUAAGAAGAGAAAGAAAGUCCUGAUCAGGGUUUAAAUUGUUUGGAUUCCUCUGCAAGGUGGAGGUGAAUUAUGUCAGAUUGAGAAAAGUGAUGCAAGAAAUGUAGAAAAUACUUAAUAACUAAAUCUUUCCUUUUUUUGCACCAGCUUUCAGAAACAACAUUUUGUGUAGCAUCCACAACUAACAAAGUUAAGCGUGCUGGAAUAAGUUACAGUUUCACAUCCAUCCUCUGCUCCUCUGCUGUCGUAGGAACUGGAAUCGACUUGUAACAGCAGCUUAUUCAUAAUGGUUUUCAAACUUGUUUUGAAGUUUAUGGUUUACAGCAGCGUCCCACAGAGCUUCCCAACAUUGAUGCUCAAUCAGUCUAUCAAAUAAAAAAUGUAUGACUUUUUGUUGCCAGUUGCCACUUUGAACAUGAUUAUUUCCCAUUUUUAAACAGUCCCUUUGGUCCGCUGCAGUGUUUAAUUAUUGGGUAUGGGCCUGCUUUUGGUUUUUAUGUAUUAUAUAAUUAUUUUACUUUUCAUCCUUCAAUUUGGAGCAGCUGCACAGCUGCUGCUAUUAACAACGUGGUGGAACAACUGGCCUUCUCUCUCUUCACAGACUGUUGCCAUGGUGACAACAAUGAGAACAGGUGCAAAGUCUUUCUGCAUAUUAUUAUCAGCUGUACAAAAACAAAGUUUGUAUUUAUUGUGUACAAAUGUUAAUUAAUAAAAAAAUAUUGAAAAGUUG